AUGGAGGCACUGAAGCAAGCUGAGGCAAACAGUACACUUGCGAAGAGGAGCUGCUCUCUCUCCAACGCACAUGUCCGUCGAGAUUGGAACUUGUUGAGUAAGAAGGAACGAAAGUCCUACAUCAAAGCUGUGAAAUGUAUGAUUUCAUCGCCAUCAAAAACACCUGCAGGACUUGUAUCCGGUGCAAAAACACCAUACGACGAUUUCGUUGCUCAACAUAUCAACCAGACAACGUCGAUCCACGGAACGGGCAAUUUCUUGAGCUGGCACAGGUACUUCGUGUACGGCUAUGAGAAGGCUCUGCGGGAUGAAUGUGGCUACACGGGUUACCAGCCGUACUGGAACUGGUUUAGUUACCAAAACGAUUUGAGCAAAUCUCCCCUUUUCGAUGGUUCCGAGACUAGUAUGGGUGGUGAUGGCGCUUUCCUUAAGCACAAUGGCAGUGUUAGCGGUGGUGGCUCGAUCCUCUUGCCAUCAGGAAAUGGAGGCGGAUGUAUAAAGAGUGGUCCUUUCAAGAAUCUGCAACUCAACCUCGGUCCUGUCCUCCCUGCUAUGGAAGGAUACGCUGCCGUAACGGACCCAUUCGAGUGGAACCCAAGAUGCGCUCGACGCGAUUUCAUUCCCACUACCGAAGACUACACCUUCACCAACCUCUAUAACAUGACACUCGGCGAGGCUUCUCAGAGCGUAUACACGUUCCAGAACGAGCUUCAGGGACGUUUUUCCGACGGAUUUCUAGGUACACAUACCGCUGGACACGUGAAAGUUGGUGGUGAUGCCGCCGAUUUCUUCAGCAGCACGAACGACCCUGUGUUCUUCCUGCACCACGCCAUGUUAGAUCGUGUGUGGUGGAUGUGGCAGGCGUUGCAUCUCAAUCAGGCAAAGACAGUAGCUGGUACCAUUACUAUCCUCAACAACCCACCAAGUAGGAAUACUACGUUGCAGGACGUCAUCAGCACGAAUUUCCUCAACAUGCCAGACAGGCCGAUCGGAGAUCUGCUAGGUUCGCUGGAUGGAGAGCCAUUCUGUUACAUCUACCUGUAG